AUGAAGACAUCGUUGGAUGAAAUUUGUGCUCGUCUUAAAGAAAAGAAAUUAUCAUUUGUUGUCGAAACAUCAAAAUCAUAUUCGUCGCAAACUGUUAAUCAUAAAAAUAAUAAGAGAAAAAGUAGUAAACCUCGAUCUCUUCACGAUUUCUCCUUUUCGAAAAGAUACAACAAUAUUGAUAUCAAUGCUUGUAAUUCAAUAGAUUCAUUCGAUUCGGUGAAAUAUUCACCAAUAAAUUCGGAAAUUUUGCGAUCACCUUUAAGCCUUAUUGCUCCUAUUGAACCAAUAUUUACCGAUCACCAAUCACCGACAUGCUCACAACUUACCAACGAGGUUCCUGGAAAGUGCCACGUUAAAGAAUUCCCUCACCAGUCGGAACAAGAAAAACAAAGAUACGAUAACGGUCCAUUCUACCCAAUAAAAAACGAUUAUUGUAUUGGCGACAAAUCGGUUCAAUUCGAUCUAAGACUUCAGGAACAAAUAAAAGUUGAAUAUUGUGGACGACCAUUUUGUAAGCUAAAACGGCGUUUACAUUAUCACUGUAAUUUCUGUGAACAAGGUUUUGGAAAAUUAGAGCGUCUUACACCGCAUUUGCGAAAGCAUUUCGCAAAUCGUUCUCCACUUUUACCGAUGUUUAGAAAAAUGGUCGCAUUACCAAUUUCAUUAUCUUCAAUUUUACCGAAUAAAAUUUGCAUAAUAGAAUCAAAAAGUGGUCAACCAUUUUCAAUCUACAAGUAUUUAUCGAAAUCCUCGAAUGAGAUUCAACCAUUGUCCAGUUCUGCUGACUUACUGAACUCUUCGCAAACUGAUAUCAAUCAAUCAUCAGAAGCGCUUAGUGAAAAAAAAUUUAAAUUUGUGGAUUGCUCCGUAGAAACAAUGCAAGCUGCCGCGAGGUUUAUCGAAGCAAAACGACCGACAUACCACUGUGAUAAAUGCAAAUAUAUAGGAUUCGAUAAAACUAAACUACUUCUUCAUAAAAAACUUCAUGAGCGAGUAAACCUAUUGAGUGCGAAAUGA